GUAUUAUGUGGGAGGAUACGUUAGAUUCGAAACUUUUGAAUUAUAUUUUGCUGUACUUUUAAUUCCCUUUGGGUUUCUCUGCAACCAAAAAUGGUUUGAAAAGAACGGAAUUUCAGUCUUUGUGACUUGCGCUGGAAUUUAGUGAAGGAAACUUCUUAGGUGCUGUCUUUUUCAGUUGUCACCAUCGGUUUCGUUGACACAGUAUUUCUUAUGAUCUAAGCGUGAUUUUGCUUGACUGCUACGAUGGAGUACUUAUUUAAGAAUACCCAUUACAAUUCACUAAGUGUCUGUGAGUAUAUGAGGGUCGAUUUUGUUACACAAGAGUCUUGAUUUUAGAAAUAUUUAGUAUGGUGUACCGUAGAAGAAUGAUCAUCAUCGUAUUGUUCAAUAUGUGGAAGUGGGAUUGAUCCAAAAAAACAUGAAGAUAUUUGUGUGUUUGAAUCGUUACAGUUAUUUAGCUGAAUCUACAAGCAAAAUGCUCUUUUUGUUAAAUCAAUGGGUAUUUCCUGUUUUCUUUAAUUGUUCAACCGUCAGCAUUGGAUCGGAUUGAUGAGCGAUGCAGAGAUCACGCAGAGCUCUUCUGCAAAGAAGAGAUUUGGAGAAGGCUAUAACCGGAAGAAGAAAUUGCUUCUACAAGAUUUCUCUUUCUUUGGUUUUUGUUUUGUGGGGUCUUGUCUUCCUUUUUAGCUUAUGGAUCAGUCUUGGCGAUGGUUAUAGAGAUGAAUCUGUAGUACUUCCAGUUGGCAUAUCUACUCGGGAUGAAGCUGAGGUGGGACGUAAUGAACACUCAAAUACAGUACAAAAUCAUCAACCGAAAGAAACUGAUUCUUUUUGUUCUUCUGAGGCUUUGUUCGCAAAUGGUGCUGAAACCAGAGGUUAUGGUAGUAAAUUAGUUGCUGGUGAAGAAAGUACAAACGAUAUCUCAGUUGAAGGGAGAAGGGAUGAUCUCUCAACUGAUCGAGAGCAACCUGAGGUGGAGAACUCCAUUUCUACUCUGAAAUCUGAAAACGAUGCUCCAAAGACUGAUCGGCUGUCUCAUACUGUUCCAGUUGGUCUUGAUGAGUUCAAGAGCAAAGCCUUCAGUUCCAUAAGUAAACCUGGAACUGGUCAGGCCGGAAGCAUAAUACACAGAGUGGAGCCUGGAGGUGCUGAGUACAAUUAUGCUUCAGCAUCAAAGGGAGCAAUGGUUUUGGCUUUUAACAAGGAAGCCAAGGGUGCCUCUAAUAUCUUAGGUAGAGAUAAGGACAAGUAUCUUCGAAAUCCAUGUUCUGCGGAAGAGAAAUUUGCUAUUAUAGAGCUUUCAGAAGAAACCUUAGUAGAUACAAUCGAAUUAGCUAACUUUGAGCACCACUCUUCUAAUUUAAAAGAUUUUGAGCUGCAUGGCAGUUUGGUUUAUCCAACAGAUGAAUGGGUCAAGCUAGGGAAUUUCACUGCUCCAAAUGUGAAGCAUGCUCAGAGGUUUGUUCUUCAUGAGCCAAAAUGGGCAAGAUACCUAAAGUUGAAUCUUCUGAGCCAUUAUGGUUCGGAAUUCUACUGUACACUGAGUUUUGUUGAAGUUUAUGGUGUGGAUGCUGUUGAACGAAUGCUGGAAGAUUUGAUAUCUGCUCAAGAUGAAAAAUUGUCUGUACCUGAGGAAGUAACUGGUGACCAUAAAGAAAUACCCACCCAGCCAGAGCCCACUAAAAGUGUUAAUCCUGAUCAAAACAUUAUAGAAAAUGGAUCUAACUAUGCACAAGAAGUUGUAAAAACUAGGGUGCCCGAUCCAGUUGAGGAAAUGCGUUACCCACAAGUUGGCAGGAUGCCUGGGGACACGGUUCUCAAGAUAUUGAUGCAGAAAGUACGUUCACUGGAUUUAAAUUUAUCUGUUUUAGAGCGAUAUUUGGGGGAAUUGAUUUCCAGCUAUGGAAAUAUUUUCAAAGAACUCAACAAAGAUAUAGGAGAGAAAGACAUAAUUUUAGAGAAGAUCAGAGAAGACACAAGGAAUCUUCUUGACAGUCAGGAGAUCAUUGCUAAAGAUGUUGGUGAACUUAUUUCUUGGAGGUCUGAUGUUUCCAGGCAGUUGGAUAAUUUACUCAGGGACAAUGCUGUUCUCAGAUCUCAAGUUGAUAAGAUCCAUGAGAAUCAGACGUCUAUGGAGAAUAAGGGUAUCUUAGUAUUUUUGGUAUGUUUAAUAUUUGCAGUUUUGGCUCUUGUGAGGUUAUUCCUAGAUCUGGCGGUGAGUGUUUAUAAAGCAUUGAGUGUUCAUAGAACAAAUAUGUCCGGGAAAUUUUGUCGGAGGAACUCUUCCUGGCUGUUCUUACUAUUGAGCUGUAGUACCAUUAUUCUCAUACUGUCAAUAUAAUACAUAUCUUCUUAGAGUGAA